AAUAGUGGGAACUGAAAACUUUCACAUACAGAAGAAUUCUUGACUGUGUUUUUUAAGGAAAAUUCUCUAGAAGAUGAUAACUUGUUUUGUUUAUAAGGGAGGAGAAAGAGGGAGACACAACAGGGUAGGAAAUUAAAGUUUUUUGUGAUGUUUAGGAAUGAAAAGGCUAAAAGGGGGCAAUAAUAGGGGCAUUGUAGUCAAUGAGGAAGGAACUGUCAUUCAAAGUUGAAGGUAUAGUGUGGAGAAAGAGAAUCAUGUUAUUACCUCAAUUUUUACCCUUCAAACUUUUCUUCUGUCUCCAUCCAUCUCUUAACCUAUUGUACAACUCUCCUAUUUUUUUCAAAAGCCCUAGGAACCCCAUAUACAUCUAUUUCUAACUCAAACGACAAUAUUAAUGGAAGCAUUAAUAUAAGAGAUGAAACUCUGAAUUUGCACCACCCUUUUAAGGAAAAACAAAACCAAAAUGUUAUCAAUCCCUGAAUUCAAAAACUUCUAAAAAAACAAACAUUGCCCCGGGUAGCCUUAGUAUUACUCAAUAUAUAAAAUCUGCAACUGCAAAUAGUAGAGAGGAACAGUCCCCUCACACUCCCAUCAAUCUUAUCACAUCCUCAAACAUAAAAAAAAGAAAAAUCUUCCUUUGCUUCACCACUUGGAACUUCACUCUCUCUCUCUCUCUCUCCAAAAAAAAAAAAAAAUUAGAAAUCUGUAAUAUCAAUCGUGAUUCAGACUUUGUUUCCUUUUCAUUUUCUUUCAAGGUAGUUGUGUUCCUUAACACAAACCUCAAAAACGCAAAGACAUUAGAAAAGAAUAUUUUUUAGAGAACAGCGUUGCUCCACCACUGUUUCCCAGAUUAUAAGUAUAGUAAUCCUUUAUCCGUCUAAUCUCCAUCCAUCCAUCCAUCCAUCCAUUCGUCCCUCACUCUCAUUCACUCCCUCACUUCCCUUACUCACUCACUCUGGUCACUGUCUUAGGAACCCUAGAACAAGCAAAGAGACAAAACCAACCUUGGAUCUGCAAAGCCAAAGGCUCAAGUUCCAUGGAUUCAAUUCAAGAAUUUAUGGACUCCUGUAACUCUCACAUCACCACCACCACAACCGCUAUCACCGCCACCACCAACAGCUUAGUCGGUACCUCCAAUUCCCCUUCCGCUUCCCCCAACACCAGCAGCCGCUACGAGAACCAAAAGCGCCGUGACUGGAACACCUUUGGCCAGUACCUCAAGAAUCACCGACCACCUCUCUCCCUCUCCCGGUGCAGCGGUGCACACGUCCUUGAAUUUCUCAGGUACUUGGACCAAUUUGGAAAGACGAAAGUGCACACUCCGAUCUGUCCAUUUUACGGCCACCCAAACCCUCCAGCACCAUGUCCAUGUCCUCUAAGACAAGCCUGGGGAAGCCUUGAUGCCCUCAUAGGUCGUCUGAGGGCAGCAUAUGAGGAAAACGGAGGGAAGCCUGAAAUCAACCCAUUUGGAGCAAGAGCUGUGAGACUCUACCUCCGGGAGGUUCGUGAACUUCAGUCCAAAGCAAGAGGCAUCAGCUAUGAGAAGAAGAAACGAAAGCGUCCACCACCACCACCACCACCACUUCCACAACCACAACAACAACAAUCAUUGACUCUUCCUCAUCACCACCACCAUCACCACCACCACCACCUCCCUCCCUCAGGUGCAACUCAAUAAGAUUGUGAAUAGCUAUCCAGCUAUGCUCAUUCCAUGGAAAAUCCCACUCAUCUGGCUCCCAACGCUUUUCCUGUCAUUAUUUAUGAUCUCUAUUUUAAGUAGUAUAUUUAAUUUAAUUAGGGUUUUCGUGAUUUUUCAGCUGAAAGUUUUCUAGUAGUAGUCCAUGUAGACUGCUGCUUGUAGUUUUAUCCUGUUUGCUCUGGCAGGAACAAAAAAAGGUUAAAGAUGAGGGAUAUAUGAUGAAGCUGCUUUUAAAGAAUACUGUGUGGUACUGGCAGUAGACUACUAGUGGGGGUACCUAAAAAGUGGUAGUGCGAGUGAAUGAACGAACCAACGAAUGAAUAUACAACAAGGAAGCCAUCAUCGUCACUGUGAGGAACCAAAAGCAACGCAUUAUUCAUAGUUUUCUUUAUGUAUGUAUGUACCUUUUUAUAUCCUCCAUAUAUGUCAAUCUUAUUAGACUUGCAGACUAUAUAUAUAUAUA